ACGACUUGUAGCACGACGUAUAAAACUAUAUGUUAAACCACACUCGUAAUAAUUCCCGGAUUAAUGCAUCAUGAGUGUGGCCCGAAUCGGACUUCAAGCAACAAAAACGAUAAUAAGUUCGACAAAUAGAUUGCAAGUAACAGGUUGUCCAAAAUGUCCAAGUCUACUGUCAGUAUUCGUACUCUCGCAUUACAAUCAUUUGCAGUCCAGGAACUACAGUUUUGUCACAACAGUUUCAUCUGAUGAAUUAUGGGAGGGUGUGACCUCAGUCAGCUCAGCAGGAAAGAAACGAGGCAGAGCCAAAUCAACCAAGAAAAAAAUUAACCUUCAUAUUGGACAAAGAUUAGGACAUGGUAAGGAAGGGAUGUCUUUCCCUGGAUUAAACACCAAACUCUUCAGCGAGACUUCACGAGUAAAAUUCACUGUUCAACGUUCUGAGGAAUUUGAUACAACACUAGAGGAACUUCGACAACAUCGGAAGUCCACAAAGAAAACCCGUAGUACAACAAAAUAUGUCAAUCCUCUGUUAAGAGGUUACACUAGUAAUUUUUUACCUGGAACCAGUUUAGGGCCACCAGCCCAAGUGCGAGAAGAAAACUUUGAUGGCUUUGAUUCAAGAUUGCUGCAAAUCAAGAAAAUCACCAAUAUCACAGCAGAUCAGGGGAAAGUGUUCUCAUACAGAGCUCUGGUAGCUGUCGGGAAUGGAAAUGGUCUGGCGGGUUUUGCGGUUGCUAAAGCAAAGCAGCUAACUGCGGCUGGAAUUAAGGCCAGAGACAAAGCAGGGCAACAACUAAUGUUUAUUGAAAGAUACAAUGGACAUACAUUGUUCCACAACUCACACUCACAAGUUCAUUGUACAAAGGUGUUUGCCAAAAGAGCAUAUGAAGGACAUGGAGUAGUGGCACACCGGGUGAUAAAAGACUUGUGCCUGCUGUCUGGAAUUAAAGACAUUUAUGUCAAGACAGAGGGCAACACAAAAAAUACCAUCACCAUGACGAUGGCUUUCUUCAAUGCAGUAACACACCAGGAAACACACCAAGAAUUGUCCAACCGAACCAAGAUGCAUGUGAUAGAGCUCUCAGAUGAACGAAAUCAGACACCAGUUGUUGUGGCAUCACCAGAGGAUGGGAAAAUACAAGCAAAGUACUAUGGAAGUGAAAGGGAUGUGUAUGAUUUAGAUACUCUGUACACCAAAGGCAAACUCCACUGGACUCGGCCAAAAAUAAGGCCAGUGUGGGAGAGACUUGGUCUUACAUCAUUUAGAAGGAAGCUCGAUCAACAGGAAAGGAGAAGGGGACAACAUGAGGCCCAGAAAGUGAGGAGAUUGUGUAGACUGGAGCCCUCAAAAGAGGAGCGGAUCCAACGAGAUCAGGCCGGGAAAAAGAAAGAGGAAUGAUGAGGAAUGUGACUUGUGAGAUAUUAAAUGAAUACAAUGAAAAA